AUGUAAUAACAGCAUUUUUACACAGCAGAAUAACUAGGUUAUUUGAUUGACAACAUAGAAUUAGGACAUAAUACUGAACAUCUAUAGAAGUUGGCAGAUAGAAAAAUGAUUAGAUAGUCGAAUUCUUAAUAUAAAUUAUAAGAUGAUAUCAUAAGAGAAUAAUAUCAAUAAUCUCAUUAAUAUUAAGAAAAGAUUUUGAAUACUUAUAGAUUAUUAUAAGCAUUUAAUAAUCCAAAAAUUAGUUAAUUACUUUUCGAAUAAUUUGAUGAUGAGUAUUUAGUUAGUAAGAUUUCAUUUCAUAUUUAUAGUAUAAAAUACAGCUGAUUAAUGUAUUGAAUGGUAUUAUAGAACAGAUAAUAAGGAAUAUUUUAAAGUGAUAUUUGAUCUCUCAAAUUUACAAAAUGAUUUUUAUGAAGCACUAUAGAAAAAAAUAGUUAAAGAUAUCAAAGCUAACCAUGCCAAAGUUUACAUUGUUAUAAAGCAUUUAACAGAUAUUUUGGAAGAUUCAUUUCUUAUAUCAAUCUAUCAAAAUUUAAUCUUAAAUUAUAGUUUCUGUUAUCUUUAUGAUUUCUAAAAUUAUAACAACACAAUUAAUUCAAUCUAUGAAUUAACUGAUUCAAAAAUUUAGAUUGUUGAGUCAUAAUAUAUGGAAUCUAUAUAUGAAUAUAGAACUUUAGUGUUUUAAGAAUUAUUUAAUUUAGAUAAAGAAUAACUCAAAAAUUGGUAUUAAUAUUAUUUAAUAAUAAUAGUCUACUCUAUUCAAAAGUGUAUUUAACACCCAAAUUAUAAUUUAAUCUAAUGUUUCAAGAAAGAAUCAAUAAAGAUUUUAAUGUUUAAUAGAUAAAUAUAUAAGAUAAUUUAAGAUAAGAAAUCAUUUUAUCAUUACAAUAUAUUCCAAAAAAUAUCUUAGUUGAAUAAUUUAUUGGAACUAUUAUUUUGAAUUACAAAGAUUUAGUUAAAUAUAUCAUAGAUUUAUAUUUAGAUAAAUUAAUUUAAGAGUAAAAUUCUAAAUUUUUAUAAUGCUUAUUAAAUUUGAUAUCUAAUCCUGAAUUAAAAUCUCUAUAUUAUUAAAAUAAUAAGAAGAAACCCUUAAUGAGAGAAACAUUGAAUAUGUGUGUUGAGGAAAGAUUCCAAAAUUCAUUAAAUAAUUAGGAAUUAAUUAAAUAGACAGUUAAAUGUAUAUAUGAUUUAUAUAAAAAUGGAUUAAUGGCUAGACCUUAAUUACUAAUAUAUAUAAAAUAGUUAAUAAAACAAUUGUGCAAUUAACAUGCAAAUAAAUAGAUAAAUAUUAAAGAAAAUAAGAUUUUCUCUUCUUUAAUAGAUUUAUCUAAUGUUAUUGAAAGUUCAAAUAAGGUUAAAGAUCAUGAAAUAAUAAGUUUAGAAAGAGUGCUUAAAAUAAUCAUUAAUUAAUACAAAUUUAAUUGGUUUGAUAUUGAUAAUCUAAUUACUUUUGAAAGUUUAAGUUUAAUUGUGAAAUUGAUAAAUAUGUAUGAUGAAAACAAUUGA